AUGGUACUAAUUUGGUGGUGGUUUCGUUGCUGGCGGCCGGUGCGGUUGCAGGCGGGCGUGCUCCAGCAAGGACCAUGGGGUGGCAACGGCGGCAAAACCUGGAAUAUGAGACAGGCGGAUCACAUUAGCAACGUCAAAAUUCAUUACAACGAUGCCGUAUUCGCGUUUGACUUCACCUUCACCGUCGACGGCAAGAAGAAGACCAUCCACGUCGGAGGUGAUGCACCCCAGUACAAUGAGAUUACUCUAGAGGAGGACGAAUACUUCACUUUCAUCUCUGGAUAUUUCAAGACGAUGUGGACGACAGACGUUUUCAUAACACAACUUACCCUUGAGACCAACAAGGGCAAUUCUGUGAGCGCCGGCAAUACGAUUGGCAGUCAUUUCUCCCUAAAUCUAGAGGAUGAGGGUAAGAUUCUAGGCUUCUUCGGACGUCAAGGUUCUACCAUCGAUGCCAUCGAGGGGAGAAUGGUGAAGGUGGGGCCAUGGGGUGGCAACGGAGGGAAUGUGUGGGAUAUGGGACAAGCCGACCACAUUACCAAACUUCGAAUCUAUUACGGAGAUAACAUUGUGGGGUUGGAGAUUACCUACAUUCUUAACGGUAAUUCCCACACCUACAAACGUGGAACCACCACCGGCGCUUCCAAGGAGAUAAUCCUUGAGGAGGACGAGUACUUCACUUCUAUCUCCGGAUACUUUCAUGCAUUAUCCAAUUAUCAGCGACAUGCAAUUGUGAUGUUGCUUACUCUUGAUACUAACAAGGGUGCAUCCAUAAGUGUCGGUAACAAGACUGGCUCUUCUUUCUCCCUUACUUUAGAGGAGGGGAGUAGGAUUCUGGGCUUCUUUGGGCGAGCUGGUACAGCCAUUGACGCUAUUGGGAUUCACUUCUCGUUGCCUAACGGUCGCUGGCGACGGGUCGAAUGGAAGUCGCGGGCACAGGAGCAUGUCAAAAUUCAUUACAUCGAUGCCGUAUGGGGAGGCAACGGCGGCAAAAUCUGGGAUAUGGGACAGGCGGAUCACAUUAGCAACGUCAAAAUUCAUUACAUCGAUGCCGUAUUCGCGUUUGACUUCACCUUCACCGUCGACGGCGUGACUAAGACCAUCCACGUCGGAGGCGAUGCACCCCAGUACAAUGAGAUUACUCUAGAGGAGGACGAAUACUUCACUUUCAUCUCUGGAUAUUUCAAGACGAUGUGGACGACGGACGUUUUCAUAACACAACUUACUCUUAAAACCAACAAGGGCAAUUCUGUGAGUGCCGGCAACGCGAUUGGUAGUCAUUUCUCCCUAAAUCUAGAGGAUGAGGGUAAGAUUUUGGGUUUCUCCGGACGUGAAGGUUUUCCCAUCGAUGCCAUCGAGGCAAUCGGAGUUUACUGCACUAUCCCUAACCCUAACUAAGCACACGUCAUGCCUUGGGUGCGUGUGUCUUAGUUCUCGCAGGAUGCUGUAAUGUAUCUGCUUGGUUGUGGUGAUAAAUAAGUGGCAGCAAUUGUUGUUGUCGUCCUUGUCGUGUGUCUUUGAAUAAAGCAAGAAAUACAUUAUGGGUCCACUGGUUAUUGAAUGCUAA